AUGAUCGAAUUAACUGCGGUCGCCACGGUGGCGGCGAAGAUCGCGCCUAAGCUCGCCGGUUUCUUUCUGAGAAGGCGCAGGCUGCUGGCGGAACUGGAGCAUGACAUCGAACACAUCCAAAGGGAGUGUUCGAUCAUUGCUGCCGCCAUCGUAGAUGAUGGUAAUCAUCAGCAUGCGAGCGACGCCGCCGAGGCUCAUCAGGAAUGGAUCAAGAUCGUGCGUGACUUGGCGUACGACAUUGAUGACUGCAUCGACCGCUUCAUACACCGCGUCUCGACGGCGCCAGUCGCCGACGCGGGGUGGAUCCGUCGGAAAGCUCACCGGCUCAAGACGGUGAGGGCCCGUGGCAAGUUUGCCGCGGUGAUCGCUCGUCUCAGGAAGAGAUCAGACGAGGCGUCGGAGCUGAGAAACAAGUACACCGAUCUAGCGUAUGGACAUGGCAGGGCCGCCGCCGUCUUUGAGUCACGGGCGCCUCCUCACGUGGAGACGGAGCCGGAGACUUACACAGAUAACCCCGUGGGCAUGGACGCGGCCGAGGAGGAGCUCAUGGAGCUGAUAAGGGGAAGUUGGACGCAAGGUCAACAACACAACAAGGAGAAGCUCAAGGUGAUCUCCGUCGUCGGAUUCGGUGGUAUCGGCAAGUCUCAGCUUGCCAAGCGUGUGUACGACACACUUGGCGACGAGAGGCAAUACCCAGCACGGGCUUGGGUUCGAGCUGCAGAGAAAGGCCCAGAAGAUCUUCUCCAAGCGAUAUUGCAGCAACUUGGAGCGCAUACCACCACCACCAUCAGCGCAAGCUCCAGCAACAGCAAGCUCUGUGCAACCAUACAGAAGCGCCUUGGGACCCAGAGGUUCUUCAUUGUAAUCGAUGACAUGCGGGAAGACUUUUGGGUCGAUAUAAAAGAUGCUUUCCCUGUUGUUCCUGGGGUCGACAGUAGAGUUCUCGUCACGACGGCCAGGCAGACCAUAGCAAUCAAAAGCAGCAGUAGUGAUGGUCAUGUGUAUGUAAUGAGAACUCUUGACGACGAUCAUUCAAGACAACUGUUCUGUGAGGAAGCUUCCUUGGUGUAUCCACCAUCAGUCGAUGAUACGAAGCUGAGUUCAGAAAUAAUAAAGAGAUGUGAUGGUCUGCCCCUUGCUCUUGUUACCACAGCACGGUUGUUGCACGGUGAAUCCAGACCGGAACAAUGGGCAGAUCUGGGAGGAAAUCUUGGCGAACAUCUGGAGAACAAUAAGAAGUUAGCCAGUAUGAAUGCUGUGCUCUUCCGUAGCUACACCGGCCUAAGUAAGCAACAUAUCAAGACAUGCUUGUUAUAUCUGGGUAUUUAUCCAAGUGGCCGCCCAAUCAGAAGAGGAAGCCUGAUAAGGCGAUGGUCCGCUGAAGGUUUCAUCACUGCAGAGCACAAACGCAGUGCCCGAGAGGUCGCUGUUGCCAAUUUUAACGAGCUGGUCGACUGGAGCAUCAUCCAUCCUAUUGAUGUCAGCAGCAGCAGCAGCAUAGCAGAGGUGAAGGCAUGCCAAACUCACGGCAUAAUGCUCGAGUUCCUCCUGCACAAGUCCAUGUGUGAGAAUUUUGUUACCUUGUUGUACGAUGAUGUUCCCCCACCCAGUAAAGUCCGCUGGCUCUCUCUGCAUAGUGGAAGUGCUGCAAGCUCCAGAAUUAAUCCAAAUGAUGUACCCUUUCUCCGUUCUCUGACGAUCUUCGGCAAGGCGCACAAAUCUGUCUUGAAUUUUUCCAAGUAUAAACUGAUGAGAGUUUUGGAUUUAGAAGAGUGCCAUGAAAUCAUGGAGAACAAGCAUCUCAAGGGGAUAUGCAGCAAUCUGGUGCUACUCAGGUACCUAAGCCUCCGGGGCGCUUCUAAAAUUACACUUCUCCCCAAAGAGGUCAAGAAGCUUCAACUUUUGGAGACACUGGAUUUAAGGGGAACGAAUAUAGAUAUUCUGCCCACACGAGUCAUGCAACUACAGAGUUUACUUCAUCUGUUUGGAAAGUUCAAGCUCCCACAAGGUGUAGGAAGCCGGAAAAUGCGUAAGCUACAGGCUUGGUUGCAAGAGGAAGAUAACAGUAAACUGCAAACAGUAGCAGGAUUUGUUGUGAACGACAAGAGCCAAGGAUUUGCACAGCUGAUGGGUGAAAUGAAAAAUACACAAAGGUGA